AUGUUUCGAUACCCUAUAAAUACCAUACAAGUGUUUGUACUUGUUCUUGCAACUCUUUCAAUAGUUGCUCUUCUUCAGGUGAGAAGAGUUCAUUCCAUCACCGCUUUCACACCUCUCGAUCUCAUUUACACACAAUACAUGGGAAACAAUAUGCUUCAAAAUCCCAAUUUCACACUCACUCAAAACAUUCCAAAUUCGAGUCCUUUUCAAAAUUGGAAUAUUGUUUAUUCCGGUUCCAAUAUUCAAAAUGUCGCUUCUGGUGGAGCUUUGAGUGGAAAUGCUGUGAAAUUAGUGGGUGUGAAUAAUGGACUCGUUCAAACAGUGACUUUGAAUCAAUCAACAAGAAAAGUGGUGUUUUUCUCAGCAUGGAGUAAGGCAGAAGGUGUUACUGGAAAUGUUGAUUCUGAUUAUUCGUUUUAUAUUGAUGUGAAAUAUCAAGAUGAUACUCCUUUAUAUGGACAGAUUUUGUCAUUUGACGUUGGUACGACGAAUUGGAAUUACAAGUAUGGAUUUAUCAUUCCAGAGAAGCCAAUCAAGAGUAUGAGCGUUCUUGUGUUGUUUAGAAACUCUCAUAGUGGAAGUGUUUAUUUCUCUAAUUUGGUAAUUUCUGAAUUGAAUAUUGGAGCUGAUCUUGUUCAAAGUUUGGAUGGAGUUGUGAUGACUAAAUUGACCAAUCCUCAAUCCCUUGGUUCCAUUCAUACGUUGAGUACGUCCGAUGGUCUCUCUUUGAGAUUUGACAAGUCCUCAGGUAUAGUGGCUGGUGUCACCAUUGAUAGCCAAACAGUGGCAUCUGACAGUAGCCAAAUCUAUGGAGGUGUUUUUGUCAAGGACAUGCAAUUAGGUGCCACAAAAUCCAACAUGUACCUGCCUACUCCAAGUAAGGUAACUGCAACUUUUAAUACAUUCAGAACAGAGUCUUAUCUUUCUGAAUUAGAACUUUCUAUCAAUACGACAUUCAAGUCAGAUGUCGACAUUGCGAAAACAAUUUCCAUUCGAGUCGAUAUUGAAAACAAGAGAAAUGUGUUGAAUCGAGCACUCUCUGUCUAUGUGGCCAUUCCUGUGAGUAAUAUGAAUUUGGACUGGAUUUGGGGAGAUUUUAUUCGAUCUUCGAGAGGAAUUGUUGAUUUUUAUCCAAAAGAGUUCAAUCGAAUGUCACAACGAGUGUCAACGAAUCAAUAUUUGUCAUCUACUCCAUUUUGGGGCAUGUCGACCAACUUGACAAGCAACAAUGUUGGAUUGGGAUUUGGUAUUCCAUUGGACUCUCCCAGAAUUGUUCGAUUUACCUACAAUGCUGUUUGCAAACUUUUCUACGCAGUUAUUGAUUUAGGUAUUUCACAACUGCCAACAGCCAUUUCAAAUAAGGCAUGGAUCGAUUUAGUAUUAUACAAACUGGACAAAACAGAAACAACUAUUGGCAAUGUCAAAACACCUCUUCCUUACCCAGCAAGAAGUGCAGCUUUAGGUUACUAUUCCAGAUUCCCUCAAUUCUAUCAACGAAGAAUUUCUCCAGAAACAGAAGGUCUCUGGGUCGCUUUCAGUGACAUUUCUCCCAUUCAAAAUAUUUCUGAUUUUGGAAUUAGUGUUCAUGAAAUUGGUGCAGGAAGUCCUCAAAGAAUUGUGAAUUUUGCAAAACAAAAUGGAAUCAAGGCAUUUAGAUACUUGUCAGAACCAUUCUCCUCAUGGGUUAGUUUGCAAUCCACUUCAGUCGAUCCAACCAAUUACACUCAAGUGUUGGAUUACUUGAAACAAAAUGCAGCAAAUCCAAAUUCUCCUAUUCAGGCACAAGCUCAAUAUACUCUCGUUUCGGGAAUUAAGGAUCCAGACACUGGUUUGUAUCGAUACACAAGUGAGAACAAGCCAUGGUGCCCUGUGAAGUGCGCUCUGUUUGAUUUAACUCCGCUGCCAAAUGUCAAACCAGAUGCCUCUCUUCCAAGUAAUUAUAUCAGUAAGGCAGACAAUGAUUGGAACGCAAAAUUUAUAAGUGACUAUACCAAUCCAUUAAGCCCCAUGUUCAACUUGAGUGGUGAAUAUUUAGAUUCUUUCCCAGCUAAUGCUUGGUUACUCGAUUACACACCUGAUCAUGUGAAAGCCGUCGCACAACCAAUUUUAUCUUUCGAUGCCACUCAACCACAACGUGUUGGAAUUAUCCAAAUCUUUGCCACGUAUUACUUUUCUAAAAACAUUCGAGAUUACUUGACUUCGAUUGGUCGUUACUUUAUGACUAAUGGUGCUUCAUCAUUGGGUGUUUCAUGGGGAGUUGAUUUAUUUGAUUAUACAGGUCAAGAAAUGAAAUGGGUCUCUAAUGGAAAGUUUGUUCCCUAUGCAGAUGAAGCAUUAUGUUUUUCAAGAUCGAAUUUUAAUCAGAAACCUUACGGAUAUUUAAUGAAUAUUGAUUAUACAUUAUUGACACAUGACAUUAUGGAACAAUACAUGCAUUAUACCACCUUUUAUGGACUUUAUCCGAGCUCAUUUUCAGGUGAUGCUAGUUCGAAUCCAUUUUGGUCCAUUCCAGCAGCUUAUGAACCCAAUCGAGAUUUAUUUAAGAAAUAUGUUCCAAUUAUUAAGAAAUUGAAUCGAAAUGGAUGGCAAGUCAUGACAGGUGUCAAGGGAUUUGUAAAUGGAACUGAAAAUGAUCUAGUUCAAAACUCACCAACUCUCGUCGCUCCUCCAAAAGUGUUAUUUGAACGAUUUUCAGUGCUUUCACUUUCACAGGAAGUAUAUGUGACCGUCAUGAUCACUCAACCAGCUUUUUAUUCAAAAAUUACCAUCUUACUCGAUUUGGAUAUCAUUUCCAAUGGUCAACUCAAAACGAGUGAUGUCAAUUGCAAUGCCAUUAGCGCCUAUUCCUUAAUGACCAAACAAAACAUGACCAUUGUCAAGGACAAUUUUUGCACCUAUUUUGGUGUUGAAUUUGUGGCCACUCCUUAUAAUUCAGCUUGGAAUCAAUACACAGAAGUGAUUGCAUUAAGUGUUGUGGGAAAGGCACAACCAACAUCAUCACCAAAACCUUCCAAGUCGUCGUUGCCAAGUGUGAGUACAAAUAAUUCGACUCGAGUCAAUGGGGCGGUAAAGGGAGGUUGGAAUAAGAUGGAAUGGAUGAGGGUUGUGUUUGUCAUGAUGAUGACUGUGAUUUCAAUCAUGUGA